ACCCACGUGAUACACACGCCAUAACUGUUGUCCUUGGAUGAAGUGCAUGGGGUGGUAUCGUUGGUACAAUGUCUGCAUCAAAGACCACUGGUAGGAAAUCUUUAUCUAUUUUAAAGGACCUACCUCGGAUUACACUAGCAAAUCUGCGUCCAAACCCAGGGGCUAAAAAAGAAGACAGGAGACGAGGUCGGGGUCUCCAUGGCGGAGGCAAGAGCGGCCGAGGACACAAAGGUGAGAGGCAGCGGGGGAAUCGCCCACGCCUGGGCUUCGAAGGAGGACAGACGCCAUUCUACCUGGUCAUCCCCAAGUACCCGUACAACGAGGGCCACAGCCAGCGUCUCCAGCACCCACCUCUGACUCUGCGGCGACUGCAGUACCUGAUUGACCUGGGCCGAGUGGACACCACACAGCCCAUCGACCUGACACAGCUGGUCAACUGCAGAGGAGUCACCAUCCAGCCCCUCAAGAGGCACUACGGCGUCAAUCUGGUGGAAGAGGGGGCUGAACAGUUCUGUGCCAAAGUGAACAUCGAGGUCCAGCUUGCAUCUGAAGGUGCCAUUGCUGCAAUAGAAAGGAAUGGAGGCGUCGUCACCACCAGCUAUUACGACCCAAGGAGCCUAACGGUCCUCAUUAAGCCCGUGCCAUUCUUCAUGACUGGUCAGCCCAUCCCCAGGCGAAUGCUCCCGGGAGAGGACCAGGUGAAAUACUACACGGACCCCCGCAACCGCGGCUACCUGGCCGACCCGGACCAGAUCCAGGAGGCCCGCUUAGCCCUGGCAGAAAAGUACGGCUACGUUCUGCCAGACCUCUCCAAAGAUGAACUGUGCAAAAUGCUGGCCAUGAGAAAAGGGGUGAGGCAGAUAUUCUACGGCCUGUCGCCCGGUUGGAUCGUUAAUAUGGCGGAGAAGAAAAUCCUGAAACCAACAGAUGAAAAGUUGUUACAGUAUUACAGCGCCCAGUAGGGUCUGCUUUUACCUACUGCCUUUUGUUGGCAUUUUGAUUGUGUAAAUACAUGCUGCAGUUGUUCACUUCAAAUAUAUAAAUGUGCUCCCA